UUCUGGGCCGCGGAGGACUGUGGGAGGAGGCUGUCUCUGAUUUCUCCUCCCCCGUCCCCCGCUCCGGCCAAGAUGUCUGACAUGGAGGAUGAUUUCAUGUGCGAUGAUGAGGAGGACUACGACCUGGUGGCCAGGGACAGUCCUGAGAAUUAAAAAUCUGUCUCCAUUCAUGUGUAUGUGUGCACGCCUGUGUACUGAGUACCUACCUGGUACCCUUGAAGAGCCGAAGAAGGUGUCAGAUCCCUUGGGACUAGAGUUAACAGAUGUUUGUGAGCCACCAUGAGUACUCCGAAGAUAGUAACUCUGAGCCCAACGUGGAUUUGGAAAAUCAGUACUAUAAUUCCAAAGCAUUGAAAGAAGAUGACCCAAAAGCAGCACUAAGCAGUUUCCAAAAGGUUUUGGAACUCGAAGGUGAGAAGGGAGAAUGGGGGUUCAAAGCACUGAAACAGAUGAUCAAGAUUAACUUCAAAUUGACAAACUUUCCAGAAAUGAUGAACAGAUAUAAGCAACUCUUGACCUAUAUUCGGAGUGCAGUAACCAGGAACUAUUCUGAAAAGUCCAUUAAUUCUAUCCUUGAUUAUAUCUCCACUUCUAAACAGAAUUCUGAUUUUUUAUGUCAGAUGGAUUUACUGCAGGAAUUUUAUGAAACAACACUGGAAGCUUUGAAAGAUGCUAAGAAUGAUAGACUGUGGUUUAAGACAAACACAAAGCUUGGAAAAUUAUAUUUAGAGCGAGAAGAAUAUGGAAAGCUUCAAAAAAUUUUGCGCCAGUUACAUCAGUCUUGUCAGACUGAUGAUGGAGAAGAUGACCUGAAAAAAGGUACCCAGUUAUUAGAAAUCUAUGCUUUGGAGAUUCAAAUGUACACAGCACAGAAGAACAACAAAAAGCUUAAAGCACUCUAUGAGCAAUCACUUCACAUCAAGUCUGCCAUCCCUCACCCACUGAUCAUGGGUGUCAUCAGAGAAUGUGGUGGUAAAAUGCACUUGAGAGAAGGCGAAUUUGAAAAGGCACAUACUGAUUUUUUUGAAGCUUUCAAGAAUUAUGAUGAAUCAGGAAGCCCAAGACGAACCACUUGUUUAAAAUAUUUGGUCUUAGCCAAUAUGCUAAUGAAAUCAGGAAUAAAUCCUUUUGACUCACAAGAGGCCAAGCCGUAUAAAAAUGAUCCAGAAAUUCUAGCAAUGACAAAUUUAGUAAGUGCCUAUCAGAAUAAUGACAUCACUGAAUUUGAAAAGAUUCUGAAAACAAAUCACAGCAACAUCAUGGAUGAUCCAUUCAUAAGAGAACACAUUGAAGAGCUUUUAAGAAACAUCAGAACACAAGUGCUCAUAAAGUUAAUUAAGCCUUAUACAAGAAUACAUAUUCCUUUUAUUUCUAAGGAGCUAAACAUAGAUGUAGCUGAUGUGGAAAGCUUGCUGGUGCAGUGCAUACUGGAUAACACUAUUCAUGGCCGAAUUGAUCAAGUCAACCAACUCCUUGAACUGGAUCAUCAGAAGAGGGGUGGUGCCCGAUACACUGCACUAGAUAAAUGGACCAACCAACUAAAUUCUCUGAACCAAGCUGUGGUCAGUAAACUGGCUUAAUGGAGAACAAGCUUUGCAGGCGUGCUUAAGGCAUCAGUGCAGAGAUGUGAUCCUUAAGGACUGGAAAGGCAAAACUCCUGUGGGUUGGUGUGUCAUGAGAGUGAUUGGAGUUAUGGCAGAAGUGCUUUUUUUGAUCAACUGGUUUGUGUUUUGCUGCUGCAUUUAUCCCAAGAAAAACAGCUUUAAUCUCCAGAAGAAAACCAAAACACCAUGGGAUUUAUGCUGUGUUGACAUCUUGCCCUAAACAUACAACACCGUAAUAAUCUAUCAUGGGCAACAUGACCAGAAUGAAGAAUUUUGUCAUGAUUUUAAACACACUGACACACUACCGUUGGUUAAAUUUAAACAUGUUGUUCCUGCAGAAAUUCUCUCACAAAUAACCUGCAAUAACUUGAAAUUCAUACCCUUUUGAACACUUCCUUUUCUCGUGUGUAAAUGAAAACGUUUGCUGCAUUUUGCAAAAUGUCAAUUCUCCAAAAAUGUGUCCGUCUAUUUCUGUACUUGCAGCUAGUAAAGGUUAGAUGACCCAUACUCGCAGUGGCACACUGUCACCUAGGGCUCAAGCAGCAUAAUAAACAGUGCAGCUCAGAAAUUGUAGUUUGGUUCUUGAUGUGUUUUUAUUACAUUUGGGGUUGCUCUUUUGUUUUUAGUACCUUAGAACUUUCAGAUUAUUUUAUCUUCAAUUAAGAUUUAAAAGCCUGAAAGCAAGUUAGUUAUGUGCUUCCAGGUUUUUAAAAAGUGUUUAUUGAUAAAGUAAGAAUUACUUUCUAACAGAGCCCUUGCAUAGCACUUAUUUUGACAGUGAUACUUUAAAGAAUUAAGAUUUUUUUUUUUUUUAAGAAUGGUAUUUCUUUUAAAAAGAGUAUGUAUUAACUCUCAAGAAUGUCACUUUAAACAAAUAUGCCAGAACAUAGACAGCGAAGUGAAUGUUACCUGCAUAGUGACCAUGCUAGAAGGUUAUUUUCUAAUGUCAGCCACCAACUAUUGCCCAAAGCCUCUUGGAUUUGCUCUUUCUGAAUUGCAGUCAAAGUUAAUUUAAGUAAUGCGCUACUAACUUUGUGUUUGUACCUUGUUUGAAAAGAGUAUUAACAAACUUGUCUGUCUUCAAAAAUACCACUUUCAAAAAAAUAACUAAAUUUAGAUAAUACAGAAAGUAUGCAGCUGGCUUUGAAAGCAAUCCCAAAAUAAUUUUCAAGUAUUUUGUGCAGUGGCAGUGUAGUUAAGAGUGAACUGUGGCCUUCCAUGGUGACAGAAUUCAGCUCAUUUGAAUGUAUUCAGUUUGGGAUGUAUUCCUUAUUUUUUUUAAGUUCACAUUAUCAUAUAGUGUCAAAAGAAGGAACUAAGAUUAACAUAAUGUCCUUGGUUUUUCUCUUGCUCAUUAUGUAAACAGUGAGUGGCAGUGCAGAAGGAAGGCUGUGUGACUGGAGUGGCAACCAAGAAUUUUGAUCAUUAAAUCAGAUUUUAUAAACAGUAGAAAGAGCAUGGACUUAAAACAAGGCAUGCUUAUUUGGUUUUGUCAAAAUUUUACGAAAAUAUGUGAUAUAUAUUUAUACUAAAACUAUAUAAUCCUUAGAUUUAGGAAAGCAGUCAGUUAAUGUCUAGCAGAAUAAAGCAGUAUUAAAUACAGAUAUAAGUUGGAAAUUGUAGAAAACCGUGACAGAAGACAAAAGACAAAAUGUCAAUGGUAGGGAAUAAAGAGUUUAAGAUAUUCUGAAAGUAUGUGUAUUUUCUUCUCUUCCACAUAAUCAUUUGUGAAAAGAAUGCUCACAUUUUUACAGAAGUGAUACUAAUUAGGAUUUAUUUUUCCAGUACAAUUUGGAGACCCUUUGUUACCCAAAUAAAAAUGACAAGUUUC